AUUUUCUUGAAGAAAAACAUCCUGUCUUGUAAGCGCGUGGGACUAUAGAAACUGUAGUCCCACGAAGACUGCAAAUUUUGCUUCUCUCUCUCUCUCCUCCUUUUCUCUCUCUCUCUAGAAGUUGGAAACCAUAAAUCACACGCACACACAAACCCAAGUCGGAGUGUUCAGAGCCCAAAAGCAAAGCAAUUCAGAAAGCCGAAGACAGAAGGUUUUCAGAAGAGCAGCUCUCUCUCUGUCUCUCUGUCUCUCUCUCUAAAAACUAACCAGAAAACUCCAACAAAAACCCAUCACACUGGGAUUCUGGAAAAACCAGCUCGAAAUCCCCGAAUACCAUUUCCGGGUUAUCGGGUCUGACACCCAUUUCACCAACACAAAACCCCACUUCUCAAAUUCCCUCCCACUUCCCAAUACACAGACACACUCUGUUUCUCUCUCUCUCUCUCUCUCUCCGUGACUCGCUCUCUAAAAAGAGCAUCAAGAACCCAUCUUUACUUGUUUACCCACCAAACCCUUCGUUUUCUUACUGUAAAUUGCAAAACCCUUCUGAGCAGUUGCAGUUACAAAUUAGUAACCGGUGGAGUUUGGUCAGUACAAGUGAAAGUAAUAUGGCGGGAAAUCCGCCAGAAGGACUUGGAGACGAUUUCUUUGAGCAGAUCCUAGCUGUGCCGCCGUCGUAUAGUGCUGGUGGUGGUGGUGGUGAGUCAGCUGGUGGUGGCUACGGAGGAGAAGUGGGGUCCAUGCCCAUGGCGCUGCAGCUGGGUUCUGCUGGGUCCUCGGGUGGUGGUGCUGGGUACAGAGGAGGAGGAGGAGUUGGGAUGGGGCUGGGUAUGCCGUUGGGUUUGAACUUGGAGCAGCGUGGGUUUCUUGGGCAAGACAACAGGUUCAGAGAUGAAGUUGUUGAAGCCAAUAAUACUAACAACACAAACACUUCCAAUGUCUCUGCUUCAAUUAACGAAAGAGAUUCGGUUCAUAUGUCAAGUUUGUUUCCAGCAUUUGGACAUUUGCAAAAUCACUCAUCACUCCGGCCAACGCCACGCCCUCCGCAACCUCCUCACCAGUUUCAUAGCCAACCACCACCAGGGCCGGCUAAUGCGGUCCAUCACUCUCCUGCCAUCCGCCCAAGGGUUCGAGCAAGGCGAGGCCAAGCAACAGAUCCCCACAGUAUUGCUGAACGGUUACGUCGGGAAAGAAUUGCAGAAAGAAUGAAGGCUUUGCAGGAAUUGGUACCCAGUUGUAACAAGACAGAUAGGGCAGCUAUGCUUGACGAAAUUGUGGAUUAUGUAAAAUUUCUAAGGCUCCAAGUCAAGGUUUUGAGCAUGAGUCGACUCGGGGGAGCAGGUGCAGUGGCUCAGCUUGUUGCUGACGUACCCCUAUCAGCAGGGGAGGGCAUGGAAGGAGGAACCAAUCAACAAGCAUGGGAGAAGUGGUCGAACGAUGGCACAGAACAGCAAGUUGCUAAGCUGAUGGAAGAAGAUGUAGGAGCUGCCAUGCAGUUCCUCCAGUCCAAGGCACUCUGCAUCAUGCCCAUAUCCCUCGCCCCAGCAAUCUUCCGGACCCAUCAACCUGACGCAACGACAAUGGUGAAGCCGGAAUCAAACUCCUCCUCAUAAGCCUAUCCAACAAAG